AUUAAUAUUCUUCGAGAUCCAAUCAGAAAACAAUACUGUACUCCUAUCCCAACUAAAGCUAUUGCAGAAGUUGAUUCGACUUUAAAAUAUAUUAUAAUCAAAACAAUAAUAUAUGAAAUUAUUUCAUAUAUUACAUUGUUGGACACUGCAUUACCCACAAUAAAACAAGUAACAAUAACAAAUGCGGCACAAUUAACGA